ACUCAUCGUUAUCCCAUCUUGAUAGAGGCUCUCAAGGAGAGCCUUAAGAGUAUUGACGUGCUAAAACAUUCUUGGAAAAGUAAAAACUCAUAAAAAGGGCAAAUCGUUUUCCUCAAAAAAGGGGAAAACGAAAGAAAUUCCAUUGAAUUCGUUUUUCAGUUUAAUUAAGAUCCGUUACUUAACGUCAGGAUGUUCAAGUUUGCAGUAGCUACCAUCAUCAUAGGUCUGGCUUUGGCACGGCCAGAACCUCCAGUAAAUUCAUAUUUGCCUCCCGGUGCAAACGGUGGCCAAGGUGGUGGUGGUGGCGGUGGUGGUGGUGGUGGUGGUUUCGGUGGGCCUUCCAGCGAAUACGGUCCACCAGGAUUUAGUGGUGGGAACGGGAGGGGAAACGGAAGAGGACCGAGUAAUAGCUACGGUGCACCAGGAUUUGGUUCAGGAGGAGGUGGACGCAACGGAGGUGGAAAUGGCGGCGCUGCUGACAACGGGUUUGGUGGAAAUGGAUUUGGUGGAGGCAACGGCAAUGGAAGACCAUCGAGUAGUUAUGGAGCACCUGGAACUGGUGGAAAUGGAUUUGGCGGAGGUUCAGGAAACGGAAGACCUUCCAACGCUUAUGGGGCUCCUGGAGCUGGAAACGGAUUCGGUGGAGGCAAUGGCAAUGGAAGGCCAUCGAAUAGUUACGGAGCACCUGGUGGUGGAGGCAACGGUAACGGUAAUGGAAGGCCAUCGAGUAGCUAUGGAGCACCUGGAGCUGGUGGAAACGGGAAAGCUUCUAGCAAUUAUGGAGCUCCGGGAUCUAACGGAAACGGAUUCGGUGGAGGUAACGGCAACGGGAGACCAUCGAAUAGUUACGGAGCACCUGGUGGAGGAGGCAACGGUAACGGAAGGCCUUCGAGUAGCUAUGGAGCACCUGGAGCUAGUGGAAACGGAAGUCCUUCUAACAGUUACGGAGCUCCUGUAGGUGGGAACGGAUUCGGUGGAGGACAGCCAAGUUCUUCCUACGGUGCACCUGGAGGUUAUGGAAAUGGAGGACAGGAUGAAAAUAAUGAACCCGCCAAGUACGAGUUCUCUUAUGAAGUAAAAGACGAUCAAUCUGGAGCUGAUUUUGGUCAUAAAGAAAGCAGAGAUGGCGAUCGUGCCCAAGGGGAAUUCAACGUUUUGCUUCCUGAUGGUAGAAAACAAAUAGUUGAAUACGAAGCGGAUCAAGAAGGCUUUAAGCCGCAAAUUAGGUACGAAGGAGAAGCAAACGCCGGAGGAUAUUCAAGCGGUGGUCCUGGCGGCAACGACGGAUAUCCUUCUGGUGGACCUGGUGGUAAUGGUGGUAACAGCGGCUACUCUUCCGGCGGACCUGGCGAUAAUGGAGGAAUAGGUGGAAAUGGAAGCUUUGGACGAUUCAACGGCGGUGGAAACGGCGGCGGAAACGGCGGUGGAAACGGCGGUGGAAACGGCGGUAAUGGUGGUUAUUCAUUAAAUGGAUUUGGUGGUGGUGGCGGUGGUAAUGGUGGAUAUCCUUCUGGCAGCGGCGGUGAUGCUGCUGCUAAUGGUGGAUAUCAAUAUUAAACGAAUAGUUCAAUAAUCUCGUAUUAUACUUAUAGGGAAAAUAAUACAAGUUUUAAGCAAAAUGCGCGUUUAGUACGUAAAGUUUGUUUAAAUUUGAUAAGUUAUAAGUAGGACCAAUAAUGUACGAAAUGACGUACUCUAAGAGACGAAUAAGAGAAAGGAAAGAGGAAGUGAAUGGAAUAGAGCGUGUCGGAAAGAUGAGUACAUUUUGCCCACGCGUGAUCUAAAUUC